AGGAGCUGAGAGAGAAGCCUAUACGGUAUAGGCUACACAUUGCAGAUUCGCAAUCGCAUGGACAUUGCAAUUGCUAUUCCAGAGGGACAACGACUGCAUUUACGAGCACACACAACACUCACCAGUGAUGCUACCCCGCAACGAGAUUGAAAACUCCCGGUUUGAGUCACCUCGACUUUAGAAUGGUGCAGAAAAAUGUUAACGGCGGGGUUUACCCAACUCAAGCCGGAGAGAAGAAGCACAAAGUCGGCUUUGUCGGAUUGGACCCCGGGGCUCCCGAAUCUAGCAGGGACGGGGCGCAGCUGAUUGCGGGCUCGGAAAGCACAAAGCGGACCAGUAUCCUAUGCAGACGGAGGUCCAGUGCCAUAAGAGGUGGGAGAACGCCGAAGAAAAACCCCAGCUAUAGGAAACUACAGAAUUUUCUAUAUAAUGCACUUGAAAGACCGCGGGGAUGGGCGUUUAUUUACCACGCUUAUGUCUUCCUGUUGGUGUUUUCCUGUCUCAUCCUCUCUGUUUUCGCUACCAUCAACGAGUUCAAGAACAGCUCUGAGACUGCCUUGUACAUUUUGGAAAUAGUGACCAUCGUGGUGUUUGGAGUUGAGUACAUCGUGAGGAUAUGGGCCGCGGGCUGCUGCUGUCGCUACAGAGGAUGGAGGGGAAGGCUGAAAUUCGCCCGCAAGCCUUUCUGUGUUAUCGACAUCAUGGUCUUGAUAGCAUCUGUGUCGGUGCUGGCUGCUGGCUCCCAGGGAAAUGUCUUCGCCACCUCUGCCAUCCGCAGUCUCCGCUUCUUGCAGAUCCUCCGCAUGCUGCGGAUGGACCGGCGCGGGGGCACCUGGAAACUUCUAGGAUCCGUGGUCUAUGCCCACAGCAAGGAACUUAUCACUGCUUGGUACAUAGGCUUUCUCUGUCUCAUCCUGGCUAGUUUCCUGGUGUACUCGGUCGAGAAAGAUGACAACGACAUGUUUGAGACCUAUGCUGAUGCCCUGUGGUGGGGGCUGAUCACCCUGACUACCAUAGGCUAUGGGGAUAAGUUCCCAAAGACCUGGAAUGGACGUCUGCUGGCUGCAAUGUUCAGUAUGAUAGGAGUGGCUUUCUUUGCGCUCCCAGCUGGUAUCCUGGGGUCUGGUUUUGCUCUGAAGGUCCAGGAGCAGCACAGACAGAAGCAUUUUGAGAAGCGACGCCAACCUGCUGCUGGUCUGAUACAGAAUGCUUGGCGAUUUUAUGCUACGAAUCUCGCUCGGACUGAUCUGCUGUCGACGUGGGAUUUUUAUGAGGAGAACGUUUCUCUCCCAAUGUACAGACUCAUACCCCCCCUCAAUCAACUGGACCUCCUGAGGAAUCUGAAGGCCAAAUCCUUCAGCAGGAAGGACUCUCAGACAGAAGCCUCCCCCAGCCGGAAGCCUAGCCUAAAGGACAAGGUGUAUCCUAGUCCUUCCAAGAUGGCUGGGGCCACAGGGAGGUCCCAGUCCCCUGGGCCUGAAGACGGGGCAGAGGGAGGGCCGAGCUGGAGCUUUGCUGACCGGGCCCAAGGGGCCAUGCAUGCUUUCCGUGCCAGGGGCAGCACCUCGCGCCAAAACUCAGAGGUGCUGAUUGAAAUGCAGGAUGAAGACUUUGGACUGAAGAGUUCUCCAGAGGCUUGCCUCCCCGGGGAGGACGUUGGGGAUGAUAAGAACUGCAACUGUGAAUUCCUUCAAGAUUUAUCUCCUGGGUUGAAGGUCACAAUUAGGGCAAUAAUCAUCAUGAGGUUUCUGGUGUCAAAGAGGAGGUUUAAGGAGAGCCUACGGCCAUACGACGUGAUGGAUGUGAUAGAGCAGUACUCCGCAGGCCACUUGGACAUGCUGAGUCGGAUUAAGCAACUACAGUCCAGAGUGGACCAGAUUGUUGGUAAAGGUCCUCCAGAUAAAGGUGCCAAAGGUGGCGGUGACGGGGAGAAAGAGGAGGAGGACCCCAGCAUGAUGGGACGUAUGAUGAAAGUGGAGAAACGGGUGGGCUCCAUGGACAGAAAGCUGGAUUUCCUGGUCAACGUGUACGUACAGCGCAUGGGCAUCCCGCGCUCUGAGACAGAGGCCUAUUUCAACUCCAAGGAAGCCUACCCGGCACCCCCUUACAUUAGCCCCAAGGAUAGCAAGGAGGAGAAGCAGGAGAAGGAAAAGACGGUGAAAGAGGAGGAGAAGAAGGAGAAGAGCUGCUCCGCUGCCGAGGUCCUCCGCUCCGUGGAGAGGAAGAAGUGCUCCCCGGAGCCCAGGUCUUUGGGCACGCCCUCCGGCAGCCGCAGCCGCCCCUGCACCUCCUGGGAGCACCAGCUGCAGCACCCUCUCAGCCAGCCCGCCUGGAACAGCAGUGUGGCCAACACCCCCUCACCUGUAGGGGGGGGCAGCGGAGAGCACUCCCCCUCUCUGUUCCGCCUGCCACCCCCUCCCCCGCCCAUCCACGAGCGCUCAUCUUCCGGGGCAGGAGGGAGCAGUAUCCGGGAGGGCACCUCCCAGGGCAGGAAGCGCAACAGGAGGCAGAGGCGUCAGCCAGACGUGGCCCCGCUGCCCACCGCGGAGAGUGACACGUCCUUGUCCAUCCCAUCAGUGGACCACGAGGAGCUGGAGCGCUCCUUCAGUGGGUUCAGCAUCUCCCAGGCCAAGGAGGACUUCUUUGGGGCAUCGUUCUUCAAUGGGGUGGCGGCAGAAACAGGGGCAUCUCUCUGCGCCAGGGUUAGACCCUUCAUUGCUGAGGGUGAAUCAGACACAGACUCUGACCUGUACACCCCUGGCGGCCCCUCGCCCCUCUCCUUCAGCGGUGAGGGUGCAGGGGGGUAUGGAGACAGAAUCUGGCCACCUCUCAAGUAGGCUAGAAUCAGAAUAACUGGCCCCUAGUAUGAGCUGGGAUGGAUUGAGAUAUGAGGGGAGGAUCAAGAAGAUUGCAUAUGUUAACGCUUGUCACUGAAACUUUCACAAACAAAAAAUGGCCCAAUUGAAUCUGUCUUGUGUGAUUGUAUGUGUAUGACCAUUGAGGUAAUCAGAGUUGUUUUAGAUAUUGUGUUCAAUUACCCAAAUGCUUGAGUUGAUGCUUUUCAUGUGAACUGAAGCCGAUUUAAGUUAAAAGAUUAAUAUCUACUGCGCUUUCUGAACACUCUCAGUGAUUUCUCUGGACCAAAAAAUGUGGGGCGAUAUUGGAAGACAUGUCAAUACAGUAGCCCAUCAGUAGGCUAUACCUACAGUACAAGUCACCUACUGUAUGUUUAGGUUAUGCUGAGCCUUCCAAAAUGAUCACUGCCUUGUUGGUUUUAUUCCAGUAUGACACGAUUUUAUUAGAAUUGAAUUGUUGCUAAUAUUUUUCAUUCUGAAUAUGGCGCUCAGUUAAAUCGGUGGCAUUAGUAUAUGAUUGAAUCAUGCAUUUUUUUGCGGCAAAUUCAGUAUAAUCUAAAAGCUAAACUAUAAUGUGCUGAUGGGUUGUGUGCUGUGGUUUAUGUACUGUAGUCCUUGGUAGAAAACAUUAUCGCAAACAAAUAGAGAAUAGAUGCAGCUGCACAACCCUCCUUAAGCGUAUGGUCUUCUUAUACACUGCGCUGACUCCUGGAAACGCAUGCCUUAAAUGAGUUCCGCAAAGUAAUACACAACGUACAGUUCUACACUCUUAUUUAACCGCACGAUGACAGAGCGACAUGAUUUUUAAGAGGAGUUGUUGUAGAACUGAGACACAAGCUAGUAGGUAGGCUUUCUACUUUUGAGUUUUCAGCAAUAAUAUCUUACUGGUGUCUGUUAAAUAUGUCAAGUCAAUUUCUUAAUGAAAAAAAACUGCACGAAAAUAUGAAUAAUAAAUGAACUGCAUGGCAUGUACAGAAUAGUUGCUUUAGGUAGGAAAUGUAUGACUGUGGCAAGUAGGAACCAAACUAAAUGACAUUCCUCAACCAUUUCCUCAACCAUUCCACAGAUGAUCGACAGAAAGUGGGCAGAACAGGAAAAUAAAACCAAGCAACAUUGCAUGACUGACUUCAACUUAAAUAUAUACACUAACGUUCAAAAGUUUGGGGUCACUUAGAAAU